AUGCAACAGGUACUAUUCGUACAUACAGCUCGUGGUCAUCCGCAGCGGAUUCCGCUGGAUGACCACCCGAAUCUGGAUCUCAGAUCAUGUCGGCAUCGACUCUACAGCACCAAAGAACUUCAUCAUGAAUCCCAGUCACCUUGGUCAAGACCGGGCCGCCUUCAAGAGUACCAACGCUCACUGGCCGCCGCCACGCGCCUUGCGAUGCAUGUCAGCAACGAGAGCCAGCACCACUGA